UGAAGUAAUUGCUGAAGUUAGCCCAAAAAAUGUUUAACAUCAUAAUUAAUUAAUAUUAAGUAAUUAAGCAAUAAAUAAUUCCCAUUUUUAAAUUAAAUUACUUUUGUUCCAACGAUAAUGACAAGUAAUUUAACCGCACAAAAUUAAUUUUUGACAGCUAAAGUUGACAUAACCUCAAACGCAAUCGAACGUAAACAAGCGUUCUUUCUUAAUAUUAUUUAUUCAAAGCGAAUAAAAUGGAUGUAAAACCGAAAAAGGACUACAUCAUAAGAUGUUCAAACGUCCCCCUGACUCUCCUAAACAAGCCGGCAGCGAAAGAUCAUUUCAGCCAAUUUGGGAAAGUAAUCAGUAUUCAUCUUCGGCAAAAAACGAAAGGAUGCACCGUACAGUACGCGAACGAAGAGGGUUUUCAAUGUGCGCUAUCAAACGCUGGAGUAUUUAAUGGACAAACUUUCACAGUGGUUGGAGGAGGGGUUAAAUCAAUGAAAUGGGUGACACCGAAAUUAUGGACGCCCAAUUUAGAGGUGCAACAAGAAUUGGAAGCGAUGGGGGGAACUGUUGAUUAUAAAUUAGGAGGGAAAGUUAAAGAGAAGAAACCCAAAAACAUUUGGGGAUCACAAAAGAAAUCAACAACAAAAGGAAUCGAGCAAAAUAAUCCAAUAAAUAUUAAGGUUACGAGUGAGCAAAGGGAAUUAUUAAACGUGAUUAAACAACCGGCUCAUAGCGUUGAUGAAAAAUUCAAAGUUUUGGAAGCUAGGGAUAAAUUAUUACGGUUAAGGGGGAAUAAACACGUCGAUUUUGGAAGUACACAUACCGUGGGGACUUGCCCGGAUAUGUGCCCGGAAAAGGAGAGACUCAUGAGAGAAGUACAACAUCAAGUAGCGUUAUACGAACAAGAAUCUUGUUCGAAAGUAAUGAAUCAUUCUUUGGCGGUUAAACAAUAUUCGCGAAGCUCCGCCGAUCAGGAAUCGCCAUUACCCCACGAAUUACGUUCGGUGGAUGUUUUAAGGAUGACAAUGGGGUAUUUAAUGCAUAAAAUUAUUCCUUUAUGCGAUAAUUUUGAUGUGAAUUUAGCCGAGUGGUAUCAUUUUUUAUGGGAUAGAACUCGAGGAAUUAGAAAAGAUAUAACCCAACAAGAACUUUGUUGUCAAGGAUCCGUGGAAUUGGUCGAACAAUGCGCUCGAUUUCAUAUUCAUUGUUCGGCGAGGUUAAUAGCGGAAGACCCCUCGGUUUUCGACCAAAAAAUUAACACGGAAAAUCUUACGAAAUGCCUCCAAACUUUGAAAUAUAUGUACCACGACUUGUUGUGCAAAAAUGAGUUUUGCGAGCAUGAAGCUGAAUUUCGGGGUUAUAUCAUUUUGUUGAAUCUAAACGAUGGGAAUUUUAUGUGGGAGGUGCAACAAUUACGGAGCGAUAUUCAAAAAUCCCAACCGGUUCAGUUUGCGAUUCAAGUUUACUCGGCGUUGGAUACAAAUAAUUAUGUUAAGUUUUUUAAGUUGGUUAAAUCGACUACAUAUUUAAACGCGUGUAUUUUGUUGCGGUAUUUUAUUCAAGUCCGAGUGAGAGCUUUGCAAACCAUUUUGAAAGGAUUUUCCCCGAGGGGGUUAACCAAGUUUCCUUUGGAGGAGUUAAAAGAAAUUUUAGCGUUCGAAGGGGACGCCUCAACGAGGGAUUUUGUCGAAUACUACGGGUUGUUUUUAAAUGGGGCCGCCGUUUGUUUGAAUCGAAAAAGCUUCCAUAUUCCUGAGUUACCAUACACUUUAGAUCGAGCGAUGAGUGUCGUCGAAUCAAAGAGGGUUUUAAGCAUCGGUGAGAUCAUCUCCGGGGGGGUUUUGCCCCCGAAAAUGUUCGAAACUCACCGCGUUCAUUCAAGUUUUGAUGAAUUCGGGUACUUAACCGACUUUAAUUUCGACGAUUUCGAUUACGUCGAUGAGAAAAUCGAAGAUAAAUCAAUUUUUGGGUUAAAAAAGGUCGACUCUAGGAGUAAUUCGCCGCUUGACGUCGUUGACAGCUCGAUUUUUGGCGGGAAAAAAUCGAUUUUUAAAUUUGAAAAGAAAUUUAACGAUGAGAGCCAAUCAUCGAUGGAUGUUGAGGCGGAAAAUGUUAAUAAACCCGUUUUUAGUGCGAAACCAAUUUUUUCAACGACCAUGUUUCAACAAGAAUCAAUUUUUAAGCCGACGCCGAUCAAGAAUACCCAAAAUUUGCCUUCAGGGGGGUUUUAUUUUAAAUUGAAUGAAGAUAAGAAGGAUUUAAAGCCCUUAAAGGUGGGUCAAGAAGAAAAUUUAGUUUUUAGUUUGCAAAAAGAAGAUGAGGAUGAGCGGAAAAAAGAGUUUGAGGAGAUGGAACGGAUUGAGAAUGAGAGGAAGCGGGUUGAAAAUGAAUUAAAGUUAAAAUUGGAGUUGGAGAGAAAAUUGGAGGUGGAGAGAAAGUUGGAAUUGGAAAGAAAAUUGGAGAUGGAGAGGAAAAUGGAGUUGGAAAAAAAAGUGAGAUUAGAAUUAAAAAGGAAAUUAGAAUUAGAAAAGAAAUUGGAAAAAGAGCGAAUUGAGGAGAAUAAAAAGCUAAUGGAGAUAAAAAAAUGCGUCUCAAACCUCCUCAACGACUUAUUAACUCAAGUGGAGGAAAAAAACCGUAUCGAAAAACUCCAAGAAAUUAAAACCAAAUUAAUCAACGAAAAAACCAAACUGUUCGGGAAAAAGUGGUUAAAACUAGUUGAUUUAAAAAAGCGUAAAAGAAAAAACCUAGAUGAUUGGCCCCUUUGGAUCGAAACCGAUAAUCGAGAAUUAAUCGAUUUCGACCAAACCAUCUUAAUGGAUAUGAAACGAUACAAAUCGGGAAAAUCGAACCAAAUUGAAUUAACCCCCAAAUUAAACGACGAAUUAAAUUUAGAUCAAAUAUUUAUUGACAUAUUAAAAACUAACCUCACAAAAUUCGAGUAUUACCUAAAAAUCGAUUUUUGUUUCUCAAAGAAACCCUCGUUGAAGAAAAUCGAAGAAAAACUCGCCGACUUACUCGAUUUAGACUCGAAUUUAAAUAAAUCUAAACACAUUUUAGGGAAACGCGUAAAUUAUUGCUUUAAAAGGUACGAUUAUUUCAAUAACGAGCUAAAUCAUGGAUUUAUUUUCGUAAAUGACGUCUUCGAUGACGAUUUUUACACCAAACUUGAAGAAAUCUUAAAAAAUUUUAAUAAUAACACCCCUUUACCCGUCGCUUUUAUUUUAAACGAAUCAAUUAAUCCGAAUCAUGUUGUUAAAUUAAAUAAUUUCGAUUUAAUCUCGAAUUAUGCGGUUUUCUAUGAUAAUUUCACGUCGCAUAACCUCAAAAUUCUUUUGACGCAAUCGUUGACGUUUGUAAUCAAAAAUUAUCCGCCGUUGCCAACUUUAAAACUUGAUUAUUUUAGUUCGUUUUUAUUUGGUUAUUUAUCGGGGGAAUCUUGGGAUAGGAUCAAUAAUUUUGCGGAAACUAAUAAGAAUUUCGCAAUGAUUUUAUGCGACCCGAAUAAUGUUUUUUAUUUGUAUAAAGUUUUGUUAAAAAAUCUCCAAGGAAUAAUUUUUAACGAAGAUUUAGUUAAAAACAAAAAUUUUCCUAAGAUUUUUAAUAAUAAUUAUAAUGACGUCAUUUUGCCGUGUGACCAAAAGUAUUUUCCAAAUUUUUGGAAAAACGGCAGUUAUAACGUGAAAUUAAAACGAAUUUUCGAAAAUUUGAAAUUCCCCGAAUUUAUUGUUAUAAAUUGGCCCCCGAAUAACAUCGAGGAAUUAAAAGAUAUUAUUGAAAAUGUUUGCGAUCGAUUUAAUUGUUCUGCAAGAACUUCGUUUGUGAUUUAUUCAACUUUAAUUGAAAAUUUAGAGAAUUUGGGGAGUUUUGAGUCGAUUAAAUACAUGAUGUGGACCGAUAUUAUCAAGAUGAUGAUUAACGAAAAAUUAAGAAUUAUCGAUUUUACUUUAAGAGAGCCGUUCGUUUCGACUCUUUUUAACCAACUCUUUGUUGUUUAUGAUCAAGAUGAUUUAAACAAGUUCAAAAGGGAUUAUUGGUUUUUCAACGACGAAUUCAUCCAAAGAGAAAUUAAUUCUAGUAAUCGGAUGAUUAUUGAAGAUGAAGAUGAAUUUGAGGAAGAAAUAAUGAUUAAAUCGAACAUUGAGGAUGAUUUUGAUUUCGAUAAAGUUUAUCAAGAAGUUAUGGGGUGCGAUGAUCAUAAAGAUGUGACAAAAAAGAAGAAGGAAAUGAGGGAAAUUGGCGAGAUGUUAAAUGAUUUGGAGGAAAGUAUACGAAUUCAAAAGAAAAUUAGUUCGCGGUUGGAAAAAACGCUUUUGUUACAAUUAAAAUAGUUUAAGAUUAAAUAAAAUUUGUUGACAGUUCAUAAAAAUAAAAAGAUAAGAGUUGGUGACA